AUGCUUGGGUAUGCACUCAAUGGCUCGCCUCCUGGGGAUGUGGUAGUUGCGGUCGGCGUUAUUCUUCUUGCUGGCUAUGUGCUGCAGUUCGCUUUUGCAGUUGGGUCCAAGUUGCCAUUGAUCAACCAAAACUCCAUUUUGGAUUUUGGAAGCAUGAAGUCUCGUCGUUCCUACGUCACUGGUGCGGCGGAUCUGAUCAAGUCCGGGUUUGCUAAGUCUGCCAAGGGGUUCCGGCUAGUCACAGACAAUGGAUGCCAGGUUGUACUCCCACCGAGAUAUCUCAAUGAGAUUCGAAAUCAUCCCGACAUGAGCCGUGACAAGGCAUCCGCGAAGGAGUUACAUUCCCAUCUUCCCGGCUUCGAGCCAUUUCGUGAAGGAUCAAAAGAUGAGCGAAUCAUGCACGAUGUCGUGCUGACGAAACUGACACGCAAACUGGGGCGUGUCACGGAGGAUCUCUCAAAGGAGACUGCCGAGGUGGUUCGAAAAUACUGGACUGAUGAGAAGGAAUGGCACGCCUUAUCUCUUCGAUCUACCAUCACUCCGAUGCUAGCCCAAAUGUCCUCCAGAGUAUUCUUGGGUGAACUUCUGUGUCGAGACCCCGACUGGCUCCAUAUCACCAUCAACUAUGCCGUCCAUGUGAUUCGCGCGACCGACGAAUUGCGACAAUGGCCAAAGAUGCUGCGACCUUUCGUGAAUCGGGUGCUCCCUUCGUGCCGAAUGAUUCGAUCGGAUAUGAAGCAGGCUCUUGGCCUAAUCACACCAAUCCUGAACAAGAGACGGGCCGACAGAGAAGCUGCCAUCAAGGCAGGAAACCCCCCAACGCAAUACAAUGAUGCUAUUGACUGGAUGGAGGAUGUUGCCAAAGGUCGCCCAUACAACCCAGCCAUCUCACAGCUUCUGCUUUCCAUGGCUGCUAUUCAUACCUCGGCGGACAUGCUGACACAGAUUCUGUUCGACAUCGCUGCCCAGCCGGAACUGGUCAAGGAUUUGCGAGAGGAGAUAAUAACUGUGACACGCGAGAAUGGUUGGAAUAAGAUCUCAUUGUAUAAGUUGGUGCUCAUGGACAGUACAAUCAAGGAAAGCCAACGACUGAAGCCCGUCGCAAUCACGCCAAUGCGCCGUCUUACCACCACCGAUGUUGAGUUAUCAGACGGAGUCUUCAUCCCCAAAGACACCACCAUCUUGGUCUCCGCGAAUAGCAUGUGGGACGAGAAGAACUACGAAAACCCAGAAAAGUUCGAUGGCUAUCGUUUCCUCAAAAUGCGUGAUGUUCCCGGACAACAGACUGCUGCUCAACUGGUUGCGCCUUCUCCAAUUCACUUGGGCUGGGGCUUCGGGCAGCAUGCCUGUCCCGGAAGAUUCUUUGCUGCCAACGAAAUGAAAAUUGCUCUUUGCCAAAUCCUUCUCAAAUAUGACAUCAAGCUUGAUGAGGCACGUCUACCACAAGUCAGGCGAUUUGGAGUAUCUAUGACUGCUGAUUCGACCGCAAAUCUGCUCAUUCGAAGACGACAAGAGGAGGUGUCCCCGGAAGAUUUAGGAUGUCAAGUCUAA